AUGGUGGCGGCGUACUAUAUACCGCCUCAGCCCGACACCGACACCGACACCACCAUGCCGCUACCAUACACCGCCAGCCCUCUCAAACUGUUGGCAGCUGAUAUACUGCUUUGUCUCUCGAGUAUCCGGUAUCUACCAAAUAUUGUCCGUCCACUGCGACCAUGCAGAUCUGGAAAACUAGACGAGCUGUAUCCAUCUUGGGGCAACAUCACCGCCCUCGCUAUACAUGGCGUGUUGAUCGUCUACCAGCUCGCCUUUAUUCUAUCGCUACCUGCUUUAUUCUUUUUCCCAGUUUAUACCAGUAUGAUUUACACUGCUGCGGCACUGGUGAUCAACAAAAGUAUUUGCAUGAUUUUAAAUGGCAGUCGCCGAUUUUUGGUUUCCCAGGUCCCAGUCGACCCUUGCUCGCAGCAUGGAUCGGAACACUGGGUUUUUAUUAACGGAGUCGGUGUUGGACAACACUGGCUGCAAAGUAAUCUCGACCGACUGUCGCUCACUUUUGGGCGCAAAGUCACUGGAGUUCAUAAUGACACAACUGGGAUUAUCUUUGAUAUAAUUCAAUGUCUCAUUCAGCGAUGCUUUUGUUAUGCCACUGACCAUGUCCGUGAUGCACACGUUCUUGUCAAGGAGGCGCUGCUAAGCCCUGAAUACCGUAAGGUGAUUUUGAUACUUCAUAGUCAAGGCGCUGUCGAAGGCGGGCUUAUCAUUGACUGGCUAUUCGACGAACUGGACCAGAGUGCGUUAGACAAACUUGAAAUAUAUACGUUCGGAAACGCCGCGAAUCAUUGGAAUAACCCUAUCAGAACCUUAUUGCCAGGUCUGAGCAAUGCGCUCGAGAGGCGUAUUCGCUACAUUGAGCACUAUGUCAAUUCUAAAGAUUUUGUCGCCAUUUGGGGGAUUUUGCAUUUUAUAAAAUUACCAUACCGUUAUCGGGGAACCAUUUUUAUUCGUGACGGCUGCGGCCAUCAAUUGAACCAGCAUUAUCUUGACACCAUGUUUCCUUUGAGUCUGAAUGGAGGAAAAGUCUUGGAAGAGAAUGAUUUUGUGGGACAAGAAGUCGAGUUGAUCAGCUGGGAGAAGCUGGACGGCGUCGAAAAGGAUCCCAAUAGUGCUAAUAAUGCGGAAAGUGCUGCUGGGAUUAUCACGCAAAGCGGAGGCUGUCAGAACGACAUGCCGACCGAUGGAAACAGGCUAAAGCUGAAGAGUUAUAGUCGUUUGUGGCAAUACCGAAACGGAGGGUCCCCUCCUGAUUGA